UCUGAAACAGCGUCACAGCUCCGCAGCCGCUCUGACUAUAUAAGAGCAGUGUUUUCCCGCUUUUCAACACUAUUUUCUCCUGAUCAGAGAAACGAGAAGCCAUGGCAAGAACCAAGCAGACCGCCCGUAAGUCCACCGGAGGCAAAGCCCCCAGGAAGCAGCUGGCCACCAAGGCUGCCCGUAAGAGCGCCCCGGCCACCGGUGGAGUGAAGAAACCUCAUCGUUACAGGCCCGGUACCGUGGCUCUCAGAGAGAUCCGUCGUUACCAGAAAUCCACCGAGCUGCUCAUCCGCAAGCUGCCCUUCCAGCGUCUGGUCAGAGAAAUUGCUCAGGAUUUCAAGACCGAUCUGCGCUUCCAGAGCUCCGCUGUCAUGGCUCUGCAGGAGGCCAGCGAGGCUUACCUGGUCGGUCUGUUCGAGGACACCAACCUAUCAAUACUAGUAAAUAUGAGUGGAAGAGGCAAGGGAGGAAAGGGACUCGGUAAAGGAGGCGCCAAGCGUCACCGUAAAGUUCUCCGUGAUAACAUCCAGGGAAUCACCAAACCCGCCAUCCGCCGUCUGGCUCGCCGCGGUGGUGUCAAGCGUAUCUCCGGUCUGAUCUACGAGGAGACCCGCGGUGUGUUGAAGGUCUUCCUGGAGAAUGUCAUCCGUGAUGCCGUCACCUACACCGAGCACGCCAAGAGAAAGACCGUGACCGCCAUGGAUGUGGUUUAUGCUCUCAAGAGGCAGGGACGCACCCUGUACGGUUUCGGAGGUUAAAUCUGAUCCUGACCCUCUGA